UUCAUUUGUUAUUAGUGUAACCAAACGAACGCCUGAAGUCACACACUGAGACUGGAGAGGAGGAAAAGUGCGGAGAAGAACGAGUUGAAUCAGAGAAGAUAGAGAGAGAAUGGCAGCAAUGUAUGGCGAUUUCAAGGUUUCUGCAACACUGCCUUGUUAUUCUAUGCAUCCCAUUCGACCUUCUCCGACUUCAUCUUCCAAGGUAUCGUUUGCUGGUUUCCUAAGUGGUCCGUGCAGUGUUUCCGAAAGUUCAACUAAAUGGCCUCGCAUAGAACAUGGCAACCAUACUACGCGAUGCCAUUCUUACCGAUCUUUUGGAAUCACAGGAGAUAACAAAUUCACCCCUGACACUCUAAACCAAGAAACUGAGGGUUUCCUUCUAAACGCAGUAAACAUGAGCUUCUUUGAGCGUUUAAACAUAGCAUGGAAAAUUCUGUUCCCAUCAACAACAACACAGAGAAAGUCUAAUGCCAAUAUCGCCAAAAAACGACUGAAGAUGAUCCUCUUUUCUGACCGGUGUGCAGUUAGUGACGAGGCAAAGCAGAAGAUUGUUAGCAACAUAGUUGGUGCGCUAUCUGAUUUCGUGGUGAUAGACUCGGAAGAUAAAGUCCAACUUAGCGUCUCAACUGAUCCAGAUAUCGGAACUGUUUACUCUGUCAUAGUUCCAGUCAAGCGGGUAAAGGCUGCAUAUUUAGACGACGAGGAUGAGUUAGGAGGAAUGAUAACAAACGUCGACUAUAAAGAUACAGGAGAAAGCUCAGGUUCUGUGGAUGUCAGAUUUGAUUUCUUCAACCCUCAAUGAGAAAAAGUCUUGAUUUGUGUGGUUCACUGUGGAUACAGGAGUUGGGGUUGGAACAAAGUUCUGUUUUCUAUGACGAAACAAGCUUCCCGCAGUAAACUGGUAUUAUUGUACUGCUUCUAUUCUUUUCCUCUUUGUCAGUGGUUACAGACCUAUAGUAGUUAUACACGAGCUUUUUGUAUAUAUUUCGUUCUGUCCCUGAUAUUCUAUUCUAUUUCUGAACUCAGAUUUUGGUUGCUUUAAUGUCUAACAUCAAACGCUGAAGUCAUUA